ACUAGAGAUGGAAAUACAGUUCAUUAAGCACUGUGUGAAGCCAAAUAUAAGGAGCAAUGCAAUGAAGUUUAAACCUGCCUCUCUGGUAACAUUCUUGACUCUGUAUUAGGUCAUCAUGUAGAGAUAUAAGCAGUGCUAUGUAUACGAAGUUGAUACAUAUAACUGGUGUUGACAUCAUGCCACCAGAUCUCAUCAUCAUCUACAAACUAUUACGACAUUAUAUAUAUUUUACAAAUCACUGACAAUAACAUCAGGUACCCCACUUUACUCCUUAUGACAGAUACUUGUUGUGGACGUCUUGCAGCACAAGUUCCCAUUGGUGUGAACAGAAUCAACAAGGGCUGUCUCUGACUCACAGUCCAGAAGGAAGAAGCAGUUGUGUUGAUUGAAGUUGAACAUUUGUGUCUGAGAUUACGAACAAAGCCAUGCCAGUGCUUUCAGAAGACUCAGGUUUACAUGAAACUUUAGCCCUUUUGACAUCUCAGCUACGACCUGAUUCAAAUCAUAAAGAGGAAAUGGGGUUCCUUAAGGAUGUCUUCAGUGAAAAGAGUCUCAGCUACCUGAUGAAGAUACAUGAAAAGCUCCGUCAUUAUGAAAGACAGAGUCCGACUCCUGUUCUGCACAGUGCAGCAGGAUUGGUUGAAGAUGUAAUAGAAGAAUUGCAGACUGCACCAGUGAAUAAUGAAGAAAAAGAGCUGCUUCAGCUGCUGUCAACACCACAUCUCAGGGCAAUGCUUGUAGUACAUGACACUGUAGCACAGAAGAACUUUGACCCAGUCCUUCCACCUCUGCCAGAUAACUUUGAUGAUGAUUUUGAUGAAGAAUCGGUGAAAAUUGUUCGGCUAGUGAAAAAUAAAGAGCCCUUGGGAGCUACCAUCAGAAGAGAUGAGCAUACAGGGGCUGUGAUUGUAGCAAGGAUCAUGAGAGGUGGUGCAGCUGAUCGAAGUGGUCUUGUCCACGUAGGAGAUGAACUGAGAGAAGUCAAUGGUAUUGCUGUGCUUCACAAACGACCUGAAGAAAUAAGUCAGAUUUUGGCACAGUCUCAGGGAUCAAUAACAUUAAAAAUAAUUCCAGCCAUCAAAGAAGAAGAUCGUCUAAAAGACAGCAAGGUGUUUAUGAGGGCCCUUUUCUGCUAUAAUCCCAAAGAAGACAGAGCCAUUCCCUGCCAGGAGGCUGGUCUGCCCUUUAAGAGACGACACAUCCUGGAAGUUGUAAGCCAAGAUGAUCCUACAUGGUGGCAAGCAAAGCGUGUUGGAGACACCAAUCUCAGAGCAGGCUUGAUCCCCUCAAAGCAGUUCCAAGAAAGACGAUUGAUGUACAGAAGAAGUAUAGGCACCCAGCCGAAUCCUAGAACUGUGAAGAAGCCAUUAUAUGAUCAGACUUCUGAUAAAGAGGACUGUGACUGUGAGGGAUAUUUCAAUGGACAUUACAUAGCUGGCUUACGCAGGAGCUUUAGGUUAAGUCGUAAAGAAAAGGAGAACAAUCCUAAUGAAGCAAAGCAGGCAGACCAGGCAGAUGCAGCAGAGCUCCUGACAUAUGAGGAGGUCACAAAAUACCAACAGCAGCCUGGGGAGCAGCAGAGGCUGAUCGUUUUGAUUGGUUGUUUGGGAGCCAGAUUAAAUGAGCUCAAGCAGAAGGUUGUGUCAGAGAACCCACAGGAGUAUGGUGUUGCAGUUCCACAUACAACGAGGUCAAAGAAAAGUCACGAGAAAGAGGGAGUAGAAUACAACUUUGUCUCUAAGCAAUCAUUUGAGACAGAUGUGCAGCAAAACAAAUUUGUGGAACAUGGAGAAUACAAAGAAAACCUGUAUGGCACAAGUCUUGAGGCAAUCCGGUCUGUGAUGGCCAAAAAGAAGGUCUGUUUGGUGGAUGUGGUUCCUGAAGCAGUGAAGCACUUGAGGACUCCUGAAUUUAAGCCUUAUGUUAUCUUUGUGAAGCCCCUCAUUCCAGAAAAGAAAAAAAAUGUCCUAAAGUCUCCUGUAUCAGAAGAAAUCUCAACACCCCUUGAUGAAGAACAGCAGGAAAUUAUUAAUUCAGCAGCAUUCAUCGAAGAGCACUAUGGCCAUUUAAUUGACACUACGCUGGUGAAAGAAGAUCUCCAGAGUGCAUGUAAUCAGCUUAAAACUGUGCUAGAUAAGCUAAGCAAGGAUUCAUUUUGGGUGCCAGUCAGCUGGGUUAGGUCAUAGUUUGCUAUCAUGUUGUUUAAAGGAAAGAAUUUAUUUAAAAAGCCUUGUAAAUAUAUGGAUUACAAAAGGGAAGUAUGUUGAUUUCACUUCAAAACUGCCAUUCUCUCUAGAAAGUAAUAUGUAAAGUCUACAGGGGGGGAAAAAAAAAUAAAGUCAGAAGCUGAUACUGCCUUCUUGAAUUGGAAUCCUGAGUACCAGCUGUGUACCCUCAGCCUGAACAGGUUAGUAAAAGACUGGAGUGACUUUUAGACUACAAAUAGUGCACUUUGUUCUGUAAAAAUAUGCAGAGGGUCCCAUGCUCCAAAAGCACUGAAGCAAUGCUAGGACAGUAAGAAGCCUCAUCAUUUGGCCAGACCUCGUGUGGCAUCUGAACAAGGUACUUUAUCUAGGAACAAGUCUGCUACUUGAGGGGAGAGGGAGAGUGCCCACACCCAGUCAGUUACUUAAAGAUUCAGCUGGCUUUCUUCCACUCAGGAUUACUGGUUUGCAAACCCUUUUUAAUUCGGCACAGAAACUUGACUGGCUCUGUAAACUGUCUGUGUUUUAGCAGCUGAGAGGUGGUGGUGGGAUUUUUGUUGGUAUUGUUGGUUUUCUUUUUUAAGCUCAGCCCUUUCCCAGUGCUUCUGGCUGUCUUGCAUAGGUAGUAAUUAGUCUGCUCAGCAAUGGCUUUUGCCCACUUUCCCACUCGCUCUCUUCCUAACAGCACAGGAUAGAUGUUAAGCAGCCCAUAAACAUACCUGUGUGACUGAUCCAGCUCAUAACCCAGGGACGUUCUUUAGUCUACCUGAAAAGUGUGUAUGGUGUAAAAUGUGACUUGAAGAAGCUUAUUUUCUACAAGGCGUCUUUGCAAAUGCCAACUGCUGGGGUGCUACAUGGACAGCAAUAGAGCAGCUCUGCAAAGGCUGCCAGGAAGAGGAGGCUGAAACACCAUGAAGCUGAGCUGCGGCACCAAAUCAUCAUUCUCCCAGCACUUGUGAAUACCUUUAUUACAAAUCAAGUGAAGGCAGCCAGAGCAUGCACUUGGCUCCGUCACAUCUUGAAGAGGAAAUCUUAUCUGUUGGAGGACUUGGCAGAUAAGAAUAUUCAGCUUUUUAAGGUGGGCAAGACUAAGAAAACACAUUGAUUAUGUGAGUAUGGUGCAGGUGUUUAUUAUCUGAAACUUGUUCCUGUUUUCCAUUGCCUGUUGAGUUCUAAUCUUUCCUCUGUACUGUGCCCUCUAACAACACCUUCUGGUACACUGGUCUCAUUCUUUUAACAGUGUGAUGUUAUACUUGUUCCAGAGCAUUCAGCAAAACUAACACCAUUGCUUAUUAAAAGCAUAUUUCUUAUUUAGUGUCUCUGAAUCUACAUUAACACCAGCCCAAAGAGUUGUCUGUCCAUCUUUUCUAAAUGCAUGCCCUGCUAACUUCCAAGUGUCACCCUGCAAAGAGCAGCACUUCCUGCAGUCUGGUAGAACAUGUUGUCAGACUGGAAACCUCUCAGCAGCUGUACAAGGAUUCCCUCACGUGGUCAUGGCCCAUCAGCUCUGCCAGUAAACAGCUGCAGCUUUGGCCCAGCACAGCCACCAAAGGUAUUUGAGUGGGAAAAGACAGUGAAAAAGUGAGUGCAAUAAUUUAACAGCAUCUCAAGCUAAGCAGAUUUAUUAAAAUAUCAACUCAAUAUCACAUCAGAUUGAUCUCACCACAGGUAUAUAUUGCAGUCUUCAGGGUUAAGAUGUACAACUCCUAUUAAACAUGAACUAAAAUAAUCAGUGUCACUUAAAUGAUCUUUUUGAGUUAUGUGCAGAUAAUCCAUGUUUAUGAUCUGUGGGAGUAUACAUCACUUAGGACACUACCAAGUUUAGCUUUUUUGAUGGAGGACUUUUUUAGGUUCCAAGUAAAUGAUGGUGGGAGAAUACAUAAGUCCAUACUAAAGAAAAAGACAGUGCUCAUAUAUAUUCUCUUCUUUCUUCUCUUUAUUCUGACAAUCUUAGGAAAAGGUACACGUAACAGAUGUCUGUUUCCAGGACAAGAUUCCAAUUCAGACAAUAUCAAGUCAAGGCCAGGCCUGGUUUGUGCUCUGCAGUUAGGAGGGGCAAAAAGAAGAAAUGAUAAAGAAAAUUAGAAUGCAAACUUGAGUUCAAAGUCCUGCUUUGCUGCAGAGAUGAAUGAAGAACACGACUCAAUUGAGCUAUAUUGGCAAGUUUAAGGAAGUCCCUGGAAAAGCAGCACUGUGGAAGUGAAGUUUUGCUGGAAAGAAAGAAAAAGUCUAUAAAACCCCAUAGCAGCCAGCAGCUGGAUAUCCCUCACUCUACAGUCAGCUUAAAAGCAUUAAGGUUCGGCUCGAAGGAACCCUCAGCGAACCUCAGCAGGAGGCUGCAGGAACACAACACCGGCACUCAGCAUUGAGAUACACAGCGAGGAGCUGCAAGUCCAACAUCGACCUAACCCAACCCGACCCGGUCCGGCCCCACCUGGACUUCCCUACGGCGCUGUCUCCGAUCAGGAUCAGCUUCACAGUGAUGCCGUUCCCGUCCAUGUUCAUCCCGGUACCCGCACAGUGCCCGCUGUCGGUCCGCUCCGGCGGAGCAGCUACUCCAACUCCUCCCCUCGAUCGGGCGGUACCGGGCGGGGCGGAACGGGGCGGAACCGAUCAGCGGAGCUAACGGGGCCGUACAUACGGCUUGGCCUGGCCAUGUCCGAUUACAGGAUCUCGGUAGAGGAGCUGAACGAUCUCCUGGCGAACGGCAGCGGUUGUUACAGCCUGCCCAGCGCUCACAGCAACGAGGUGGUGCCGCGCAUCCACGUGGGGAACGCGUUCAUAGCCAAGAACAUAAUGAAGCUGCAGCGCCUGGGGAUAACCCAUGUUCUGAAUGCAGCAGAGGGGAAGUCAUUCAUGCAUGUGAACACUAAUGCAGAAUUCUAUGAAGGCACAGGCAUCACAUACCAUGGCAUUAAAGCUAACGAUACGCAGGAGUUUAACCUCAGUCGAUAUUUUGAGGAGGCAGCUGAUUUUAUUGAGAAAGCACUUUCCCAGAAGGAUGGACAAGUGUUUGUGCAUUGCCGUGAGGGCUACAGCCGUUCUCCUACGCUGGUCAUCGCCUACCUCAUGCUUCGCCAGAACAUGGAUGUCAAGUCUGCUUUGGUCACUGUCCGCCAAAAGAGAGAGAUUGGCCCCAAUGAUGGCUUUCUAAGGCAGCUUUGUCAGCUAAACGAGCAGUUAGUGAAGGAAGGCAAAGUGAAGCCCUGAAAUAGAACGCCAGUAGUAUUCAUGGGUGUUUCUCAAACCAUCAGAGGAUGCAUUAAGUGCUUUAGAUUCCUAACCCCAUACCGCCAAGCUAAGUCACGUCUGAGGGAGACAGAAUUCCUGCUCCUGUCUAGUGAAAGGAUCUUUCUCAACCUGUUGGGUUUGGCUUUCGAGAUGGCACAACGUUGUGUGUGUGUCGCUUGUUGGAGUUGUUGCAAUAAAGAGGUGUCUUUAGAGGGGUCACUGCGGUGAGAACAGCUGCUCACACAUAUUACAGAGCCCCCUUUGCAGGCUUUAUAACAUGCUUUGCAUUGACAUCGCAUUGCUUCAUUCAAGCUUUGUAUUUGAUUCCACCAGAGCACUGUUUGCCGAGUGCCCCCAUACAUCUCUCACUCUUCAUUGAAAUAACGUGUUUACUAAAGCUUCUUUUUCAUGCACGCAGGUGCCUGGAGUUUGAGUGUAGGAGCUUCAAGGAAUGGAGCAGCAUAUAUGCAAAUACACAGAUGCACUCUUAUAAGAAGAAGUAUGCAGUGUUGUGUUCAGUGUGGAUAUAUGCAAUACACAGUGUGUGGUAGUAAAGCCAUUCAGAGCCUGACCUUGAUGCACACUGUAUUUCCAAGACUAUUUGUACCACUUGCUGUAGUGAUCGACGUGAAACGGUCUGAUAUUAUAGUUUAUUUUUGAUUAUAAACUCACACUCUAAAGAAAACGUGGAGUGAGUGUUGAGAAAUGAACUCCAGCAAGGGAAGAAGAAUGGCUGUACUUAGGAGUGCUUGAACUGGGUGUAUGAUCAAGUAUCAGAAUGGAAUGGCUUCUGAGGUUUGUAUUGAACCACAGCCCCCCUGUCCUGCUGUUUAUUAAUAUAGAAUGGCCAAAUCAUAUCUACAGAUUCCUCCCAGCAUCGUAGUACAGCAGAUGUGCUUACAGAGCGUUUUGUUGGUACACUCGGACUUGAAUUAUUUGCAUGGCUCCGUUCAAUAGAAAACAGACGUCGUUACGUGCCACCUGGAACAGGAAGCAUUUCCUUUCUGUUAAAAUAAAUCAUACCUUGAUUCUGC